AUGCCCUCUUCUGCCUCUGUUGCGUCAACGGCUCGCUCCAACGCUGUCAGGGGUGUAACGAUUAAGCGCAAGGUGGACGAUCGCGUUCGCCACCUCAUUGACAAUGCGGUGCACAAAAAACACCGCGCUCUGCUGCUUCUCGUUGGUGACCGCGGGAAGGACCAGAUUGUUAACUUGCACCAGAUGGUCUCCCAUGCCAACCACAGCGCCAAGGUGAAUAUGUUGUGGUGCAUGAAGAAGGAGCCGGAUUUUGGUUCCACAAGCAGCAAAAAACAGGAAAAGCGUGCACGGCUUGAGGUGAAGGGUGGCAUGUCUACCGAAGCUACGAAGGAGGCCUUUCAGACAUUUCUGGCGCAAACUUCCAUUCGCUUUUGCCAGUACAAGGAGACGCACAAAAUUCUCGGUCAGACGUUUGGAAUGGCCGUGCUGCAGGACUUUGAGGCUAUCACCCCCAAUACACUUGCGCGUACAGUUGAGACGGUGAAGGGUGGUGGGCUUGUGGUCAUCAUGUUUCGUGCGAUGCGCUCGCUAAAGCAGCUCUACACUAUCGCAAUGGAUGUUCACGCACGGUAUCGCACAGAGGCCUUGCGGGAUGUUGUGCCACGCUUCAAUGAACGUUUUCUUCUCUCUCUUGUGGACUGUGAUACGGCGCUUUGCGUCGACGAUGAUUUAAACGUGCUUCCCAUCACUGCAAAAAUGCAGUCGGUUGAGAACGCCCGCACUUCCAGCUACGAUGCGGAGUUGGCGUUGCAAGGCCGGCAGAAACACGAGGCAGAUUUACUUGCAUUAAAAGAUCGACUCCGUGGGAGCAGUGAGGUGGGGCCGUUGGUGGCGGUCUGUCAAACGCUUGAACAGGGCAAAACGGUUCUCUCGCUGAUGCAAACCGUUGUGGAGAAGUCGCUCAACACAACCUGUGUCGUGACGGCAGGUCGUGGCCGUGGUAAGUCGGCAGCUCUCGGUCUUGCUGCGGCUGGCGCACUCGCACAGGGCUACAGUAACAUCUUUUGCACAGCCCCGUCACCAGAGAACCUGCAAUCCUUUUUUGAGUUUGUUGUGCGGGGGCUGAAGGAGUUGGGGUACACGGAGCGUACGGAAUUUGAGGCCAUGCAAAGCACAAAUGUGGAAUUCAGCAAGUGCAUUGUGCGCAUCAAUCUCUUUCGUGAGCACCGCCAAACGGUGCAGUACAUCUCCCCGCAUGACGCCUCAAAAUUUGCCCAGGCGGAGUUGGCCAUCAUUGACGAGGCCGCCGCGCUUCCAUUACCCGUUGUAAAGCAAAUGUUAGGCCCGUACCUCGUCUUUCUUUCAUCGACGGUGUCCGGCUACGAGGGUACAGGGCGAAGCUUAUCCAUGAAACUUGUCGCAGACAUGCGUAAACAUUGCGGCAGUGAUUCGGGCACGGGCGCCACGACUGCUGCUGCCGGGAAUUCCGAUGACAGGCGUUUUCUUCGUGAGAUUGCGCUAACGGAUCCUAUUCGUUACGGCCCUAAUGACCCAGUUGAGUCGUGGCUAAACAAACUAUUGUGUCUUGAUGCGACCGUAAGGCCCGUAGGCGUAAAGACGUGCCCGCAUCCAAGCAAGUGCGAGCUCUACUAUGUGAACCGUGAUGCUCUCUUCUCCUACCACCCGCUUGCGGAGCAGUUGCUUCAGACGAUUGUAGCAAUGUUGGUGGCGGCGCAUUACAAGAAUCAACCCAACGACUUGCAGCUGAUGUCCGAUGCCCCUGGUCACCAUGUGUUUCUUCUUUGUUCUGCGACGGUGGACGCCAAGGAUGGUCUUCCGGAUGUCUUUUGCGUUAUUCAUGCCUGUGAGGAGGGACAGGUGACAUCCGAGGCGAUCAAGAAUAAUCUUAGCCGUGGUGUGCGGCCCGCGGGUGAUCUCAUUCCCUACACCUUGUCUCAGUGCUACCUUGAGGAGGGCUUUGCCAAGCUUGCUGGGCUUCGCAUUGUGCGCAUUGCUACCAAUCCCGAGUUACAGCGUUCAGGGUACGGUUCGCGCGCGCUGGCGCUGCUUCAGCAAUACUACAGCGGUUCCAUUUCUCUUUCUGCGGCUCCCGUCCCCUCAUCCUUGGCGCAGGAGGGCAACGGGGAGGAGGGGGCGGACGAUGAUGCAAACAGUUCCAUCAUUCAACCGCGCAAGCGCAUUCCGACGCUGCUCACCCCACUGCUUGAGCGUCCAUAUGAGAUGAUUGAUUACCUUGGAGUGAGCUUUGGUGUGACCACAGCGUUGUUUAAUUUCUGGAGGCGCGCGGGCUAUGAACCUUUGUACCUGCGUCACGCCGCGAAUGAACUCACUGGCGAGCAUAGUUGUGUGAUGGUGCGUCCAAUUGGUUUGGACCUCGCACUUCUGCGAGCGGAGUUUCGCCGGCGAUUCAUUCCACUACUCGCCAUGCCCUUUCGCCAUCUUCCGACAGAGUUGGCGCUGAGCAUCCUGAAGGACAUUGACGUGAAUGACCCACAAAAGCUGGCAGCCGUCACAGACCUCUCUCGGGCUGCCGAACACAUUGUUCGUGUGGGUGGUCAAGUACAGUGCACCUGGACCGAGCUGGAUCGGAUCUUUAGCAGCAAUGACAUGAAACGACUGAAGCUGAACGCCACCACCUUUGUGGAGGGUGGGCAGGUGUUGGAUCUGCUGCCUGCCUUAGCGAAGGUUUACUUUGAAUCUCGGCUGCACCGACUGCCGGACGGCUCCGAGGGUGUCGUGCUGUCACACGCCCAAGCAGCUGUGUUGCUUGCGGUGGGGUUGCAGUGCCAGACUCUGGAGCAAGUGGCUCAGCAGACGGUAUUUGCUGGUGUGCCGAUUCAACAACUGAGGGCCUUCUUACAGAAGGCUGUCUCCCGCAUUGUUGAACACUUUACGCGGCUGCAGAAACUGAAGGUUCCAGGAACGGAUGGGACCAAGCCAAACGAGACUGAGGUAUCGGAAGAGAAUGAGGAGGAUGUUCGUGAGAUAUACGACAAUGCUGGUCAACUUGUUGGCCUUUCCGUAGAGAAAAAAGUACGACGCUCGAUUAACGUGGACUCCACACUACUGCGGGACGCCAAAUCCUUGAUCCAAGGGACGAGGGGUGAGGCGGGGAGUGCCACCGGACUGCAGCGUACAUUCAAGCGAUCAAAGAAAACUCGACUCAGCUGA